GGACUCCGUAAUGCGCAUGCGCCGCGUUCUGCAGCAGUCCGUGCGCUGCCGUGUGUGGGUGAGUCAGCGCGCAUUCUUUUACGUGCGCGCACGAGUGUGUGUGUGUGUGUGUGUGUGUGUGUGUGAGUGUGUGUGUGUGUGUGUGUGUAUGUGUGCUGGGCUCCAGAGCGAGCAUCGCUGACAGACCCAACGGAUCGCUGCAAGCACAGAUUAAUUAGCCCGGUUCGGAUCAGCCCGGCGCCGCAGCAGCAUGUCGUCCGCCCCAGAAGCCCAGAACCAAGAACCGAACCAGGAGCCGCCGAAAGAGACGAACGCGGAGCAGAAACCGGAGGAGAAAGAGGCGCAGGAGGAGGAGAAGGAUGCGGCGAAGGAGGAGGUGAAGGUGGAGGAAAAGGAGGAGAAAACAGAGGAGAAGAAGGAGGAGAAAAAGAAAGAGGAGGAAGAGGAGAAGGACAAGAAGAAGAAGAAUGAGCAGAAAAAGGAGGAGAAGAAGGAAUCAUGGAAGGAUUUCAUCUACAACCCGCGGACCGGAGAGUUCCUGGGCCGAACCGCCAGCAGCUGGGGUCUCAUUUUCCUCUUCUACCUCAUCUUUUAUGGAUUCCUGGCGGGAAUGUUCAUCCUCACCAUCUGGGUGAUGCUGCAGACGCUGGAUGACGCCGUUCCUCGGCACCAGGACCUCCUGGCCUCUCCAGGUCUGGUUUUUCGUCCUCAUGCUGUUGAGAUUUCCUACAAUCGCUCAGAUCCAACUAAAUACAACCCGUACGUCCAGCAGCUGCACGACCUUCUGCAGCAGUACAACGACAGCAUCCAGGAGGGGAACGACUUGUGUCUGGUGGGCGAAUACACGGACCAGGAUGACCAGCCCAAGAAGAAGGUCUGCCAGUUCAAACGCAGCAAUCUGCGGCAGUGCUCCGGUUUGCCGGACACCAGCUUCGGCUACGCCGAAGGCCAGCCCUGCGUUAUCAUUAAGCUGAACCGGGUCAUCGGACUGAAACCCGAAGGAGAUCCUUACAUCAACUGUACCGCCAAGAGAAACACCCCACUGCAGAUGAUUUACUUCCCUCCUGAAGGCCGUCUGGAUAAGAUGUUUUUCCCGUAUUACGGAAAGAUCGCUCACCCGGAUUACGUCCAGCCGCUGGUGGCCGUCAAGCUGCUGCUAACGAAGGAGGACUACAACGUGGAGCAGACGGUGGAAUGUAAAGUGGAGGGAUCCAACCUGCGCAACAGCGACGAGCGGGACAAGUAUCUGGGUCGGGUCACUUUCCGGGUCAAAGUGUUUCAGUAAACACUUGGUGCAAUUUUACACUGAAACUAAUUUUAAAUUCAGGAAACUUUUAGCCCAGACCUGAUCUACUCCUACAAGUCUGAAUCAACUGGAUCCAACAAUCAAAUCUGGACCGCUGAGGUUUAACGACACACUGCCAGAACCUCCGCAGCAUCCUCGUGGUUCAGCCCAGUUUGACAGAUAGCUCACCCGUUUCUGUUUUGCGUAGCUCAAAGAAGAAGAGCUGCGGUGGAUCCUGUUGAGGCGCUGGGAGCAGAUCAGGUCUGAGGUGGAAGCAUGUGAGCCCAGAGCACAUUAGUGUGUUGUUUUUAGACUUUUCUAUGUUAGUGAGAUCAUUAAAAAGUAAUCUGAUUCCUAUCGUGAGUCGCAGGGCAGCGCAGCAGAGUCUGUCUGAGAUAGCAAACAUUUCGGUCCCCGUUUCAUUAAAAGUCACAUGGUCUAAAAUCAUAGAAUACUGCAGUAUUUUCCAUAAUUCUGACCGGGAUGUUCUGGUUCUGCAACAGCUGAAACAAAUAAUUCAUACAUACAGUAGGAAAGUGCCACUUCUUAGCAACUUUCUUCAGUUAAAGUCUCAGACUGAACAUUAAUAUUACUAAUCCAUAGGAAUAACAAUAAUUGUGUUCCUAACCAGUGAAUAAAAAACUUGGUUUAGAGUCGGGUGUGGAAAGCAAGCCACCUCGAUUCAGGUUAGCAGGUCAGCAGAAACGGUGCUACAGGAUGAACCCAGUCCUGAGUUAUUGCAGCUGAUGCUAACGCUGAUUGCUAACGGACAGUGUCAGAUUGUGAUCUGGUUUUCUUGGAGUUGAGUUGUUUGAAUACAACCCAGUGCAGUUGGUAGUCUAAACCUGACCCUUAUCUGACAAAAUGAAUUUAGAGGAAGCUAAGCAUGCUAAAUAUUUUUAAGGUUAGCUAAAGCAGUAAAGUGCUAAACAAACAAUUUGGUCCCAUAUUAACAUGUUAGCGGAAGAAUGGAAGUGAUAAAAGGCUUCAUCCAACCACUAACCACGAGUGACAGGAAAAGUUGUGUUCUUGUUGAGAAUUUCCCCAAAAAUUGUGAAAACAUGUUAAAAUUCUGCCAGUGUCUGAAAACUUAUGAGCUCAACUUUAACUUCAGCAGGCAGAUAAACAAGAAUCCUAACAAAAAGAAGAAAAAAGACUUUGGCAAGACUUCAGUAGGUUAGCCUGCCUGAAGGAAUCUGCUUGUUGGACCAGGGUUCAAAUACCGGACGAGCCCCCAAUUACUGCCAGCUUAGCUCAGGCCAUGAAGGGAACUGGUACUGACACUAGGUGACACUAAUUAGUUUAUGUUAAAAUGAAACAUCAGAUGUUGUCACUUGUUUACAUGUGCAGAUUUCUGAAGAUGGGAACAGAAAACUAGUGAAUUAAAUCAGUCAUGAAGACAAAGACCUAAGAGAGGGCAACUCCAGAGCCAAACGAUUUCCAGCCAGCUGUUGGAUCACAGAUGGGAAAUAAAUAUCCCACUUCCAGGAUCCUAUUGGCUCAUUCAGACUAAUAGUGACACUAUAUUUAUGAAUAAUAGCUACCAAAAAGUAUUUAGUGACCAAUUAAAAAGUGACUUCCACUGCGCUGCCCUUCCCCCAUCCAUGGAAAAUUUAGCAAAAGAAAGAUUUAAACCUAAUACAGUUAUUAUUUUAGCAGAUUUUAUUAUUUAUCUAUUUAUUUCUCUGAUGUGUGAGAUCAUAUUCAUCAAGUGUAAUGUUUUUGUUCAGUUUUUCAGCCUGUACAGUUUUUAAAAUGUGAACUACGUGUGACUGUAAUGAGUUUUUCUGUGACCAUCAAACACCAUGAAACCUAUCAGCAGAGUUGCAAUUAGAGAAAAGCUGUUAUGGCAUCACUGCUGUUUAAAUGUGCUGUGAAAUCUUUUGUUUUCUUCACAAUAACAGAGAAAUCGCUACGAAAAACAUAGAAUGACCUACAAUGAUGUUGCUGAAAAAUAAACUGAGUAAAAUGAUGAAUCAACUCUGCUCUAAAUAAAUUAUACAUCUUCUAAAAUGUGCUCCCUCGUCCUUUAUCUUUAUCACUAAGGAGUCUCAACAAUCUUCAAAGUUGUGCGAUGAUUUAUUUGGAUUAUCAGCUACUUACUCUGCUGGAUUCCUGGGAAUGAAAAAGGGGCGGAGCCUCACAGAGACACUAGUCAGGUAGAAAAACACUUCAUUUGUUUCGACUUCAUUUUGAUGGGAUGGCGGAGAAGAAAGAAAGAUGAACUGAUUCAGGCGUCAGAAAAGAGUCCCGGGUGAUGGUGCCGCGAGCAGCUCUCAUCGGUCGAUGGUGCCGCAAUCAGCUCUUAGACCCCGAAGCUCCUCUCACCUACUCUGCCGGAGAAGAAGAGUCCCGACUGAUGGUGCCGCGAGCUGCUCUCAUCCCCUGAAGAUCCUCUCACCUCAGACGCACGAGAAGAAGAGUCCUGAGUUAUGGUGUCACAAGCAGCUCUCAUUCCCAAAGCUGCUCUCACCUCAGAUGCAGGAGAAGAAGAGUCCUGAGUGAUGGUGCUGCGAGCUGCUCUCAUCGGUCGAUGGUGCAAAAAGCAGCUCUCAUCCCCCGAAGCUCCUCUCACCUCCUGCGCAGGAGAAGAAGAGUCCCGAGUGAUGGUGCCGCGAGCAGCUCUCAUCCCCCGAAGAUCCUCUCACCUCAGACGCACGAGAAGAAGAGUCCUGAGUUAUGGUGUCACAAGCAGCUCUCAUUCCCAAAGCUGCUAUCACCUCAGAUGCAGGAGAAGAAGAGUCCCGAGUGAUGGUGCUGUAAGCAGCUCUCAUCGGUCGAUGGUGCUGUAAGCAGCUCUCAUCGGUCGAUGGUGCCGCGAGCAGCUCUCAUCGGUCGAUGGUGCCGCAAGCAGCUCUCAUCCCCCGAAGCUCCUCUCACCUCCUGCGCAGGAGAAGAAGAGUCCCGAGUGAUGGUGCCGCGAGCAGCUCUCAUCGGUCGAUGGUGCAACAAGCAGCUCUCAUCCCCCGAAGCUCCUCUCACCUCCUGCGCAGGAGAAGAAGAGUCCCGAGUGAUGGUGCCGCGAGCAGCUCUCAUCGGUCGAUGGUGCAACAAGCAGCUCUCAUCCCCCGAAGCUCCUCUCACCUCCUGCGCAGGAGAAGAAGAGUCCCGAGUGAUGGUGCCGCGAGCAGCUCUCAUCGGUCGAUGGUGCUGUAAGCAGCUCUCAUCGGUCGAUGGUGCCGGAAGCAGCUCUCAUCCCCCAAAGCUCCUCUCACCUCUUGCGCAGGAGAAGAAGAGUCCUGAUUUAUGGUGUUGCGAGCAGCUCUCAUCCCCCACAGCUGCUCUCACCUCCUGCGCAGGAGAAGAAGAGUCCCGAGUGAUGGUGCCGCGAGCAGCUCUCAUCGGUCGAUGGUGCCGCAAGCAGCUCUCAUCGGUCGAUGGUGCCGCAAGCAGCUCUCAUCGGUCGAUGGUGCCGCAAGCAGCUCUCAUCGGUCGAUGGUGCCGCAAGCAGCUCUCAUCGAUCGAUGGUGCCGCAAGCAGCUCUCAUCCCCCAAAGCUCCUCUCACCUCUUGCGCAGGAGAAGAAGAGUCCUGAGUUAUGGUGCCGCGAGCAGCUCUCAUCGGUCGAUGGUGCCGCGAGCAGCUCUCAUCGGUCGAUGGUGCCGCAAGCAGCUCUCAUCGGUCGAUGGUGCCGCAAGCAGCUCUCAUCGGUCCAUGGUGCCGCAAGCAGCUCUCAUCCCCCAAAGCUCCUCUCACCUCUUGCGCAGGAGAAGAAGAGUCCUGAGUUAUGGUGCCGCGAGCUGCUCUCAUCGGUCGAUGGUGCCGCGAGCAGCUCUCAUCGGUCAAUGGUGCCGCAAGCAGCUCUCAUCCCCCAAAGCUCCUCUCACCUCUUGCGCAGGAGAAGAAGAGUCCUGAGUUAUGGUGCCGCGAGCUGCUCUCAUCGGUCGAUGGUGCAACAAGCAGCUCUCAUCCCCCGAAGCUCCUCUCACCUCCUGCGCAGGAGAAAAAAAGUCCCGAGUGAUGGUGCCGCGAGCAGCUCUCAUCGGUCGAUGGUGCCGCGAGCAGCUCUCAUACCCCGAAGAUCCUCUCACCUCAGACGCACGAGAAGAAGAAUCCUGAGUUAUGGUGUCACGAGCAGCUCUCAUCCCCAAAGCUGCUCUCACCUCAGAUGCAGGAGAUGAAGAGUCCCGAGUGAUGGUGCCGCGAGCUGCUCUCAUCGGUCGAUGGUGCAACAAGCAGCUCUCAUCCCCCAAAGCUCCUCUCACCUCUUGCGCAGGAGAAGAAGAGUCCUGAGUUAUGGUGUUGCGAGCAGCUCUCAUCCCCCACAGCUGCUCUCACCUCCUGCGCAGGAGAAGAAGAGUCCCGAGUGAUGGUGCCGCGAGCAGCUCUCAUCCCCCGAAGCUCAUCUCUCCUCCUGCGCAGGAGAAGAAGAGUCCCGAGUGAUGGUGCUGUGAGCAGCUCUCAUCGGUCGAUGGUGCCUCAAACAGCUCUCAUCCCCCGAAGCUCAUCUCACCUCCUGCGCAGGAGAAGAAGAGUCCCGAGUGAUGGUGCUGUGAGCAGCUCUCAUCGGUCGAUGGUGCCGCAAGCAGCUCUCAUCCCCCGAAGCUCCUCUCACCUCCUGCGCAGGAGAAGAAGAGUCCUGAGUUAUGGUGCCGCAAGCAGCUCUCAUCCCCCGAAGCUCCUCUCACCUCCUGCGCAGGAGAAGAAGAGUCCCGAGUGAUGGUGCCGCGAGCAGCUCUCAUCGGUCGAUGGUGCAACAAGCAGCUCUCAUCCCCGAAGCUCCUCUCACCUCCUGCGCAGGAGAAGAAGAGUCCCGAGUGAUGGUGCUGUGAGCAGCUCUCAUCGGUCGAUGGUGCCGCAAGCAGCUCUCAUCCCCCGAAGCUCCUCUCACCUCCUGCGCAGGAGAAGAAGAGUCCUGAGUUAUGGUGCCGCAAGCAGCUCUCAUCCCCCAAAGCUCCUCUCACCUCUUGCGCAGGAGAAGAAGAGUCCUGAGUUAUGGUGUUGCGAGCAGCUCUCAUCCCCCACAGCUGCUCUCACCUCCUGCGCAGGAGAAGAAGAGUCCCGAGUGAUGGUGCCGCGAGCAGCUCUCAUCCCCCGAAGCUCAUCUCUCCUCCUGCGCAGGAGAAGAAGAGUCCCGAGUGAUGGUGCUGUGAGCAGCUCUCAUCGGUCGAUGGUGCCUCAAACAGCUCUCAUCCCCCGAAGCUCAUCUCACCUCCUGCGCAGGAGAAGAAGAGUCCCGAGUGAUGGUGCUGUGAGCAGCUCUCAUCGGUCGAUGGUGCCGCAAGCAGCUCUCAUCCCCCGAAGCUCCUCUCACCUCCUGCGCAGGAGAAGAAGAGUCCUGAGUUAUGGUGCCGCAAGCAGCUCUCAUCCCCCAAAGCUCCUCUCACCUCCUGCGCAGGAGAAGAAGAGUCCCGAGUGAUGGUGCCGCGAGCUGCUCUCAUCGGUCGAUGGUGCCGCGAGCAGCUCUCAUCGGUCGAUGGUGCCGCGAGCAGCUCUCAUCCCCCGAAGAUCCUCUCACCUCAGACGCACGAGAAGAAGAGUCCUGAGUUAUGGUGUCACAAGCAGCUCUCAUUCCCAAAGCUGCUGUCACCUCAGAUGCAGGAGAAGAAGAGUCCUGAGUGAUGGUGCUGUGAGCAGCUCUCAUCGGUCGAUGGUGCCGCAAGCAGCUCUCAUCCCCCGAAGCUCCUCUCACCUCCUGCGCAGGAGAAGAAGAGUCCCGAGUGAUGGUGCCGCAAGCUGCUCUCAUCGGUCGAUGGUGCCGCAAGCAGCUCUCAUCCCCCAAAGCUCCUCUCACCUCUUGCGCAGGAGAAGAAGAGUCCCGAGUGAUGGUGCCGCGAGCAGCUCUCAUCGGUCGAUGGUGCCGCGAGCAGCUCUCAUCCCCCGAAGUUCCUCUCACCUCAGAUGCAGGAGAAGAAGAGUCCUGAGUGAUGGUGCCACGAGCAGCUCUCAUCGGUCGAUGGUGCAACAAGCAGCUCUCAUCCCCCGAAGCUCCUGUCACCUCUUGCGCAGGAGAAGAAGAGUCCCGAGUGAUGGUGCCACGAGCUCCUCUCAUCGGUCAAUGGUGCCGCAAGCAGCUCUCAUCCCCCGAAGCUCCUCUCACCUCCUGCGCAGGAGAAGAAGAGUCCCGAGUGAUGGUGCCGCGAGCUGCUCUCAUCGGUCGAUGGUGCCGCAAGCAGCUCUCAUCCCCCAAAACUCCUCUCACCUCUUGCGCAGGAGACGAAGAGUCCUGAGUGAUGGUGCCACGAGCAGCUCUCAUCGGUCGAUGGUGCAACAAGCAGCUCUCAUCCCCCGAAGCUCCUGUCACCUCCUGCGCAGGAGAAGAAGAGUCCCGAGUGAUGGUGCCGCGAGCUCCUCUCAUCGGUCAAUGGUGCCGCAAGCAGCUCUCAUCCCCCGAAGCUCCUCUCACCUCCUGCGCAGGAGAAGAAGAGUCCCGAGUGAUGGUGCCGCGAGCUGCUCUCAUCGGUCGAUGGUGCCGCAAGCAGCUCUCAUCCCCCGAAGCUCCUCUCACCUCCUGCGCAGGAGAAGAAGAGUCCCGAGUGAUGGUGCCGCGAGCUGCUCUCAUCGGUCGAUGGUGCCGCAAGCAGCUCUCAUCCCCCAAAACUCCUCUCACCUCUUGCGCAGGAGAAGAAGAGUCCCGAGUGAUGGUGCCACGAGCUCCUCUCAUCGGUCAAUGGUGCCGCAAGCAGCUCUCAUCCCCCGAAGCUCCUCUCACCUCCUGCGCAGGAGAAGAAGAGUCCCGAGUGAUGGUGCCGCGAGCUGCUCUCAUCGGUCGAUGGUGCCGCAAGCAGCUCUCAUCCCCCAAAGCUGCUCUCACCUCUGAUGCAGGAGAAGAAGAGUCCUGAGUGAUGGUGCCGCAUGCAGCUCUCAUCCCCCGAAGCUCCUCUGACCUCUUACGCAGGAGAAGAAGAGUCACGAGUGAUGGUGCCGCGAGCAGCUCUCAUCGGUCGAUGGUGCAACAAGCAGCUCUCAUCCCCCGAAACUCCUCUCACCUCCUGCGCAGGAGAAGAAGAGUCCCGAGUGAUGGCGCCGCGAGCAGCUCUCAUCGGUCGAUGGUGCAACAAGCAGCUUUCAUCCCCCGAAGAUCCUCUGACCUCAGACGCAGGAGAAGAACGGUCCCGAGUGAUGGUGCCACGAGCUGCUCUCAUCCCCUGAAGCGCCUCCCACCGCCUAUUUAAGAGAAGAAGAGUACCUAGUUAUGUUACCCUAAGCAGCGUUAAUUGUUCACUCAAUUCCAAUAUUGCCACAUUGUUUCUGCAACUCAAGGACAGAGAUGCUGCUGCACUACAGUGUAUCUGAGAAUCAUUUUGUUGUUCUAAUUUCAAUCUCCCUCUGAGCUGUGCUCAGUCCUUCCAUGUUUUUACCAAUGUGUUGUUGGGGAUCAUUUAAUGUGCCCUGACUGACUUCUAUUAGUGCCUGAAGGCGGUCGCCUGUGGAGGAGGGGCCAUAGGAUAAUUUUUUCCCUCUAUAUAAAAUAAAUCUUAUACAGGUCAAAAGAGGGUUUUUCGAUCCUAUACUAAUAGAACUCUUGAUAAUGGGAACGCAUUGACCUUUGGGUGAUUCACUGUUAUUUAAUCUCAUCAAUCGUCUUUUCAACCAAAGUGCUGGAAAAAUCUCACACUUAGCCACAUAUAGACAGAUUGAGUUGUUGUAAACAGUCGUGUAGGAUUCAAGAGUACUAUGUCAUAUAUCUGUGAACUCUAAACAGACUUCAAAUGACACACUUUUAUAAAACAUGUCCCGUUUUGUAUGAAAUGUUGGGGUUUUCUUUGAAUUUUCUGAUUGUGACUAUAAUGUUGAUGUGAAAAUAAACCUCCCACACUGACCUGA